UUUAGCUAAUGUUACUUUACUACACGAUUUAACACCUGUACAGAUAGCUAAAAUACCGUAUUAUGUUUAUUAAUUUGGUAAAAGACAGAAAAAAAAACUACAUGACCACCUGAACUGUAAUAGAAAUGAAAAGUACCGGUACGUCCUGCACAGUCCAAAACGAAUGCUGCAUUGUCUACUAUUAUGUGAUUGCCUGACUCACAGUGUCGGUCACAUGACUAGGUCCCAUGUAUCUAAACAAAACAGAAACUUUUUUCAGGCAGACAGAAGUGAACUGUGUAAAAUUACAGUUAAAGAAACUGCAAAAUGGGAUUAAGGGAAGACCUUUUAAAGUCUAUCUGGCACGCUUUUACAGCCUUGGAUGUCGACAAAAGUGGAAAAGUGUCCAAGUCACAAUUAAAAGUUCUGUCUCACAAUCUGUGCACUGUGUUGAACGUACCUCAUGACCCGGUUGCUCUGGAAGAACACUUCAAAGACGAUGAUGAGGGCCCCGUCUCCAAUCAAGGAUACAUGCCCUAUCUCAAUAAGUUUAUACUGGAUAAGGUCCAAGACAACUUUAACAGGUUGGAUUUCAACAGGAUGUGCUGGACACUCAGUGCCAGGAAAAACCUGACAAAAAACACUCUGGUGAUCACUGAUGACGAUGCCUUCAAAAUCUGGUGCAUCUUCAACUUCCUCACAGAGGACAAAUACCCGCUAACACUAGUAACAGAAGAGAUUGAGUACCUUCUAAGGAAGCUGACUGAGGCGAUGGGUGGUAGUUGGAUUGAGGAAAAAUUUGAAGAUUAUAAGAUCCAGUUGAACGCUAAGCAGCAAUGCCUUUCUGUUUGGGAAAUCAUUGAACUGAUCGGCACAGGACACUUCAGCAAAGGAAUGGAUCGACAAACGCUGUCGAUGGGAAUUAAUGAGGUUUUUCAGGAGCUCAUACUAGACGUGUUAAAACAGGGUUAUAUGAUGAAAAAAGGCCACAAAAGGAAAAACUGGACAGAACGCUGGUUUGUGCUGAAGCCUAAUGUUCUUUCAUACUUUGUGAAUGAGAAUUUAACAGAGAAGAAAGGACAUGUCAUGCUGGACAGUAGCUGCUGUGUGGAGUCUUUACCGGACAAAGAGGGAAAGAAAUGCCUUUUUCUAAUAAAGUGCUCCGGUAAAACUUUUGAGAUCAAUGCCUCAGAUAAAAAGAAGAAACAGGAAUGGAUUCAAGCUAUUCAGACCGCUGUCAACCUGCUGAAACAAGGCCUCCCAGCUCCUCACAAGGAAGCGCGUCAGAAACGGAAAGAGCUACGUCAGAAACUGCAGGCAGAGCAGGAGGCACUGGAGCAGAGGAUGAAGGAGCUGCAGACCGCCAACGAGAGCAAGCAGCGGGAGCUGGAGACCAUGAGGAAGAAACUGGAGGAAGAUGCAGUCAAUGCUGCCGAGGAAGAGAGGAGACGGCAGCAGACACAGGCAGAGCUGCAGGACCGCUACAGGACUGACCUAGAGAGGGAGAAAAUGGUGAGACAGCAGAUGGAGGAGGAGGUUGCUCAGAAGUCCUCCGAGUUGGAGCAGUACCUGCAGAGAGUGCGUGAGCUGGAAGACAUGUACCGCAGGCUGGAGGAGUCCCUGGAGGAUGAGAGGCAGGCGCGGCAGGACGAGGAGACUGUCCGCAAGCUGCAGGCCAGGCUACUGGAAGAAGAGGCGACUAAGCGAGCAGAGUUAGAGCAUUUACACUUACAGCAGCAGAAAGCUAUUUCUAGGACUGAAGCCGAGAAGCAGGAACUGGAACAACAGCGCAUUGUGAAGGAACAGGCACUGCAGGCAGCCAUGCUGCAACUGGACCAACUUGAGAGUGAGCGCAAAGAAGCGCUGGAGCAGUAUGGGGAGGUUAUGAAGAAGCUGGAGAAUGCAGCUAAUAAGACCAGAAGCUGGAAGGACAAAGUAGCUCAACAUGAAGGGUUAAUACGCUUGAUUCAGCCAGGUUCAAAAGGUCCACAAUUGAUCACUAACUGGGGAGCAGCAGCAUUUACUGAGGCAGAACUGAACCUGAGAGAGAAAAGCUGGCAGGGGAAAAAAACCCAGUAGUAGAGCUGGCUGACGUAGCCAGCGCUUUGAGCAUUCCAGAAGCGUCGUAGAGGUUCUAGAACAGCAGCCCAGACAGUUUUGGCCAUGGCCACGCUUUUUAGCAUUUGUCAGAAGGUCGGGGACAUUAUUGUUAAUCUAGAAUGUGUAAUAAAAUUAAAAUACUGAUUUAUAAAAUAGAACCAAAGCGGAGUACUACAUUGUAAUAUGUUCAGUUCUUUAUCCAAUACAUUAUUAUUGCAGUAUUUUAGAUUAUGCCACAGGAACAAUGUGGAGCAGCUUUGAGGGUCACUGUUCUAGAACCUUUACAGGAUAAAGCUUUCAGCUCCUGGUAAAGAACCAUUAGACUGAGCAGUAUGAAGAGAAUAUGAAGUAGAUCGCUAAUCCUGUUUCUUAGUAAUUAAAUACACCCACAUGUGUACCUAGCCUGUUACCUUUCUAGAAAUUAUGUUUCUGAAUGCUAGUAUCUGUCAGUGUGUGAAAGUGUGUGUUUGUUUGUCAUUGAAAUUUGUCAUUUCUCAGUUUCAUCUAUAAUAUAUAUUUUGGUAUCAUUUGAAGAUGAAGAUAGCUGUAGUUGUACAAUUUUGAUUCAUGUUUUUUUUAUUUUUUUUUUAUAAUCCAGCAGUUGCUUGCUGUGCUGAUUUUAGUCUUGUUUUAAACCUAUCUUCUGCCAAAGUACUGAAAGAAAAAGUAAAGUGUUGAAUGUCACUUGCUUCAGGUAGUUUACAGAUCUCCUUAAGAUUUAAAAAUUAGUGUUGUGCAACAUAAUUGUUUUCAAACAAGGCUUGCUUUGUGUAAGUUCCAUGUAAUUUCCUUUAUAUCAAGUGUUACUAAGUAAUAAUUGUGAACAAGUAGAACGACACAUGCCUUACAUUUCCUUAUAUAUUUAAUAUUAACCAAUAUAGGCAGCUUAUUAUUGGAAGAAACAUUUCUUGCUUACUUGUACCCUUGAAAUCACUGUUAAGAUUGAACACAGAUUUUUGAUCAAAUUAAAUCAAUAAAAGUUUUUUGGAUUCAAA